AUGAAACCAGAACCUUUACUCUACACUUCUGGUGCUAAUUGGGAAUAUCAACCUCAUCCAUCUUUGAAACACAUUUUGCGAAGGGAGCUUAAAAAUCAUUACACAAAUUUUUUUUCAGGGUAUUUUGACAAAAUGAUGAUUCCAUUAUACCUCUUCCUUUCUGGAGCUGGCACCGGAAAAUCUCGAAACGCUAAUGAAUUUCACCAGACGGCAAUCACUUGUUUGUCAGAGCCAGAAGAUACGGAGCUGUUGACCAAGAUCAAAGAAGCUUGGGUAUUCCAUGUCAGCUAUGAAAAUGGCACCACCUUACGAUCGGAAGAAUCCUCACCUUAUCUUGCCGUUGGUACUCGAAUGCUACUUCAACUUCUUAAAGAGAAAAUGGGGCUUUAUAAAAUUAUCCAAACAUACGAGCCAGCAGAUCCGGAGGAUGUUAUGACAUUGGUUGCCAAAUACCAUAACCGAGACUUAAAAGACAUUACGGUUAUUUUGGUUGUUGACGGCAUGCAACAGCUUAUGGACAACAAAGAUGAUGGUUUAAAGUCAGAUUCUCGGUUUUACCAGACUCUGUCAAGUAUUGCAGACUUUGCAUUUAAGGGAAUUUUCGUGAUACCGGUUUGUACUUCAACAAUAACUGGCCCUGUUGAGGGUACAUUGAAAUACUCGCAUCGUAAACGUGUAUACUUACCCGUCGCUUCUCUGAAACCGCCAAGCUAUCACCAAGACGAUAGGUUGGUUCCAGUCUUUAAAGAUGAUGAGAUUACUAAGACUCUUGUGGAAGACUGUGGAGGGCAUGGAAGGGCUCUAGAAGCGCUUGAUGAUUGCUUGGCCGGUCGUAAUAUUGAAGAAUGUAACCUCGAUACUUUGAUGAACGAUCUACGUCUCAAGCUUACUGAAAGAUAUCGUGAUGCUAUUUUUGGUUCCGUGGACGACGCCAGGCCCGUUGCGCGAGCAAUAUUGACUCGACGUCUCUUAAAUUUAUAUAAAGAUGUUCCUAAAACUAACAAAACACCGGACCAAUUUGCUGGGAGUGGAUUGAUUCGAUUCGAACAAAUAAAUAAGAAUAGUCCACAGGGAUACCUCACUGCACCGUUCGUCUGGCUCUGGAUAUUUGUAGAGGUAUCUAAUAACCAAGCAGAUCCAAUACUUCGAGAUUGGCAAUUUGCUGAUUAUGGAGAACAAAAAGCGCUUAUUGAUCCUGUGUCGUCAUUGCAAGCAAAGUCAUGGCAGAGUUUUGAAAAAUUUGUCGCGUCAUUUCGUUGCGUAAAGUCAGCUGUGAUUGAAGAAGAUGAGCUAACAACGAUCUCGGAGGUUCAUGCAGGAGCGCGUUUGAAUGGCGACAUCCAAUUUAAAAAUCACAAUCUGCAACUUGAGAUUGCUAGAAACCAAACAGACACAAAAUCUGAAAAUCUCACUGCAAGAGAAUGGAAUGUUGAUUGCUAUCAUUCUACCGUUGAUGUCCGGAGAUUUAAACAUUGUAUUAUUAACGCUCCAUCUUCGCCAUCUGGGGAUGCCUUCCUUUCAUUAGAUCAGCCGGGUACCGAGAGUCCAAACGAAAUUCACCAAUACAAACAGAGACAAAAACCGAUCAGUCAAAUGGUAUACGAAGAAGAACGUAAAAAAUCUGCAUCAAAAAGUGAUUUUUUCAUCCUCUUUACGACUGCAGAAAAUUGCAAUGUCGAACUUCCGAAACGCUCUGGGAUUGUAGAUGGAAAAGUUUUUAGGGACUAUUUUGGACCAUUUGCUGGCAGAGCAUACAAGUCCAUUAUGGCCAAGUCCACGCCCCCUAUCCGUGAUAAAGUCAAGAAUAUCCAUACCACUUCUCACGGGAAACUUUGCAGAGUAAAUCAAAUUAACAAAGAACGAGCAAAAACGAUCAUAUUAAUAAGACCAUUUGAAAAAAUCGCGGUCGCAAAUGUAAAACCAAAACUACCAAUGAAUUUUUAUUUCCGAAAGGGCCUUCACACGGUUUCUCACAUUCUCCCUCGAUUCAUUUAA